AUGGCCGUAGCGUCGUUGCAGUCGCUGAACGACGAUGUUCUCGGGAUGAUUGUCGGGCUGCUAUCUCAACCUGAUACGGCGAAUCUGGUCUUUACGUCCCGUGCCGUGAGCUCCGUUGCCCGGCGACACAUCCUCUCUUCCCUCGUCGUUUCGGCACCAGCCCAGAGCCUCGAGUUCCACCGCUUGAUGCUCGAGGAAGACGAUGGCUACAGGAUCCAAUGCCUCCAAAGGCUCACCAUUAUUUUCCAAGACUCCGUCGACGAGCCCACGGAUGCCGGCGGGUACUCGCCACUAGCUACAGUCCUCGCACGCGCGCGGAACCUGCGGGAACUGGUCAUGGGCUCGCUAGAGAAACAUCUGACGAUGCAAAGCGGGAAAGUUCUGAGCGAUGCUAUAGCGUCGCUGUCUGAUCUGUGCGAGCUGGAGCUGCGCGACAUCGGCAAGCAGAGCGUGGAGCUCUGCGAGAGACUGACUUGCGAGCCAAAGGUAGUCUGCCUGGCGGCGGACCCUUGGACGGAGCCCGCACCAUAUUUGGAGGUGGAAUACUCGAGGUUCGCUGGGCUCCCCGUUCUCCGGAAUGCAUCCACGAUCACGCUGCAACAUCUCUCUCUCACGCGGAAUGGGACUCCGGAAUCGCAGCCUGCCCCGGUGACUCCGUGGUCCAGCACACGUACUCUCCGUCUGGAGAAUAUGGAUCCCUUGGCGCUCAUAGAACUAUGUCCCAAUCUCACAACCCUCCGUAUGGGGUUCAUGUGGUUCGCGGACAACGGUUCGACGUUGUACCCGGACGACGCGCAUAGCAAGUACAUCACAUCACUGGCCCGCGAUGUCCGAGUCGACACGCGCGUCCGCGUACUGGACGUCUUCGUCGGAAACGAAGAGCUCGCGCUGGACAAGACGAUCAUCGCCACGACGCGCGCGACGCUCCCUGUCGUGCUGUCAAUACAAUUCCACUACGGCGACGCGGCGUUGUGGGCGCAGCUUGCCGAAUUGUUCAAGCACACAGAUGCACGGCUGCGCUACCUCGAUGUGCUCAUGCAUGAUGAGUCUGAGUAUGCACAAACGUGGUUUGAUGAAUGCCUCCCGCUUCUCUCCUCCUGCCCGAUCCUCUGUGUCCGACUCAAGUUCGUCCAAUGUCUACUCGAAGUCAUGGCUGAAGACGAGUUCGCCUCAAUCAAAGACCGCCCUGAGCCUGGCGAGUUGAUAGACAGCGAGUGGGAGGAGCUGCGGGAUGCGGCUCCCAAGCUGCUGGCAGAGACGAUCCCGUCUCUCCGCUACAUAGCCGUAUCAUCCGGGUACAUGGUCGGGGACCUUGCGUGGUCGACGUUCGGCGGUGGGUGGGCUCGUUGGUGGAAUGUUGCCCGAGAAGCUUUGGAGAAUGAGACUGAGGGAAGCACAGUUGAGUUGGUUGAGAUCGAUGAAGGAGAGGGACGAAAGGUCGACGAAUAUAUGCGCAGCGCGUGGUUCGCAAAAACGUUGCAAUUUCAUGACUGA